CGCCGGCAGCCCGGGGCCGCCGGUUACACUUCUGAGCGCCUGCUGGAAGCCUGGGGCCGGGGGGACCUGUGCGGAGGAGCCGGGGAGGGCGCUCAGGCAGGUCCGGCUUACGGGCCAGCCCAGGGACACGCAUGAAAGCGUGAAUCACGCUGAGGGUGGUGCGCCCGGGCGCUCUAGAGCGGACAGAGCCCCCGGCGUGUCGGUGUGUCGUGUGGGCACCUGCCGUGUGAGUGGCUCCCGGCGUGGCUGCUGGAGCAGGACGUAGGACGUUCAGUUUCUGUCCGAUUUAUUUCGAGGGGCCUCCGUUUCCCCGGUCCAGAGCGGGAACCUAAGAAGUUUAAGGAAGCUAGGUCUGAGCAGAUUAAGGGAACAGCGGCUGGGUCGGAGAGGGUGGGGACUGCGGGGGCUGGGGGCUGGGAAGCCUCGUCCUUGCCCCGCGUCUUCCCGGGGCACGAAGGCCUUUGGGCAAGACUGGCGUGACAGAGGUGGCCCGGAAACGCUGGAGAACCUGGGCGAUGAUGAUCGCUGAAUGAGUGGCACUGGGCUGAGCUUGAACCGCUGACUGACAGAAAGAGAUGCUAGCGUUUAGGAAGGUAAGAAGGAAACUCAGAAUGGGGACCAUCUGCUCCCCCAACCCCGGCGGGACAAAGACACCGGAGGUCUGCAAUGCCGACUGGAUGGCCUCCCUCCCGCCUCGCCUCCACCACGUCCCGCUUUCCAAUCUGGCGAUUCCAGGCUCCCAUGAUUCGUUCAGCUACUGGGUAGACGAAAAGUCCCCAGUGGGGCCUGACCAAACCCCAGCGAUCAAACGCCUCGCCAGGAUCUCCUUCGUGAAGAAGGUCAUGAAGAAAUGGUCUGUGACUCAGAACCUGACAUUCCGAGAACAGCUGGAUGCUGGGAUCCGCUACUUUGACCUGCGUGUGUCUUCCAAGCCAGGAGACGCCGACCAGGAAAUCUACUUCAUUCACGGGCUUUUUGGCAUCAGGGUCUGGGAUGGGCUGAUGGAGAUCGACUCGUUCCUCACACAGCACCCCCAAGAGAUUGUCUUCCUGGAUUUCAACCACUUCUACGCCAUGGAUGAGGCCCAUCACAAACGCCUGAUUCUCCGGAUCCAGGAGGCCUUUGGAAGCAAGUUGUGCUCAGCCUGCAGCGUGGAGAGCAUGACGCUGCGGACGCUGUGGGAGAAGAAGUGCCAGGUUCUUAUCUUCUAUCACUGUCCCUUCUACAAGCAAUACCCCUUCCUGUGGCCUGGAAAGAAGAUCCCAGCACCUUGGGCCAAUACCACGAGUGUGCGCAAACUCAUCCUCUUCUUGGAGACCACACUGAGCGAGCGCUCCCCCCGUGGCUCCUUCCACGUGUCUCAAGCCAUCCUCACGCCCAGAGUGAAGACCAUCGCCCGGGGACUGGUUGGCGGCCUCAAGAACACCCUGGUCCACAGGAAUCUUCCUGCCAUCCUGGACUGGGUGAAGACUCAGAAGCCUGGAGCCAUGGGAGUCAACAUCAUCACCUCUGACUUCGUAGACCUGGUGGACUUUGCCACAACAGUCAUUGAAUUGAAUGACCUCCUACAGGAGGAUAGAGCUUUGGCUAAAUGCUGAUUUAAUUUUUUUAUUUAACUUAAUAUUGAAGUUGUUGAUCCAGGCUAGAGUUCUGAAGGGCUUCCUAUUGGCCCCUGGGCAGUAUGGUGAAGUGAGUAAGAGGAUGGGAUAUUUUUUUCCCUCCUCACAGGGUUAUUUGGAUAAAAUUAUAGGGCUAUUAUUUGCAUUUUUCCCAAAUGAGACUUUUUAAAAACUGAAGUCCAAGGGAAGAAAGCAUGUUUCUUAUGGUUAAGGUCAGCAUCUCCCUAACGGCAUAUGAUGUUGAAUGUAAUAUGGAAAUGGGAUCUCCAGUUUCCACUGGGGUGCUGGGUGUCCCCUCAUUGGCCCGGUUCCCUGUUGUCUUCCCGGAUGCUGUAUUUGAGCCACAGAGAAGGCUGAAGAAGAAAGGCAUUCCUGAUCCAAAGGAUGGCUCAAGGCAGGUGUGGGCUGCCUUCUGGGGUGGCUCACUCGCCACCCUGGGGCUCUGAAGGGAGAAAGGUCAAGCACCAGUUUUCUCUGGGCGUGUUGAAUAUCACCACUUCCUCCCCACGUGUAAGAUGUAUCUGUCACCAGGGCCUUUCAGCCACAAGCUGUUCUUGGCAUGCUUAUGCUUAGUAUUGGCCACCUUCGUUCUUCAGAUAAACAGUGCAUACCAUCCCUGGUAUCAGAGAGACGUUUCCCACUUUUAAAACACCGAUUCCUCUCCAUUUCUUUGACCCAUUCUUAAAACUGAAAGGAACAACACUGGUACAGCUUUUCAAUCUGAGGCCCAACAAGAGACAGACACGCAGGUCUGUUGCAUGCCACAUUUCUUUGAUCUAAUUCUGUAGGUCUUCCCGAAAUGGCUGCUGGGCAAGUGCCUGCAUCAUGUUGGCAAAGUCCUCUUCAGAGUGGGAUGUUCCAGCCAGGUUUUGGAGUUGCAUUUCACUGCUGUCUGUCUAGAACGCGAGUCUGCUCUGUGGGACUCAACACUGAUGGAAGGCAGCUUGUCCAUGACACCAUGGAGGCAGACACAGGAUGCGUGGGAAAGUGCAAUGGAUUUAAGGAGGCUCCAAGUGGGUAGGGAGCCACUCUGUAAGUCCUUGAACACAAGACUACCUCGGGAACCUUUAGGAUGACGAUAUGUCAUCCAGCGAGUAAUACCCAGUGUCAGAACACUUCCUGUUUGUGUCUUGAUUGUUCUACUCUCUGCAGGUUAUUCUGAGCCUACUAAUCACUGCAAGAGGGCUUUGAAACUCAAGAGGGGAUUUUAUUAUUAUUAUCGUUAUUUUUGAUUGAUAAGAGGUGCUUAACCACAAAGAGCCCUCUUUUGUUUUAUUUAUUUAUUUAUUCAUUUAUGUAUUUAUAGAUUAACUAUCUUCAGUGCUUCUUACUUCAAGAGCACUCACCAAGGAGCUUCCUGAACUCUUCUCAGCAGGCCAGAUGGCCCUCAAGAGGACCGCACACCUCAGGACCGUGAGUGACUUCUGACUCCACUGUAGAAGCUGUAGACAUUCUGGUCCCCCCUAGUCAUGCCGGGGACGGUGUUCAUGUGUAGAUGUGGUCCAGAUGUGCGAUGCCUCUACCAAGCCACACACUGGAGCAGAAGAUGAAAUGGGUCCUAAGGAGCUCUCGGUUCUGGAGGAAAGCCCUCUAGAAGAGGGGUGAAAAGGAAGGAAGUAGGAAGAAUGCUGGGCACAGAAGUGUGAGCACUUGAGUGCGCCUCACAACUCUCUGAGAAUCCCUGAGGAAGUGCCAGCAUCUGGAUCCUGAAGGUGGAAAGAUAACCUGGAAUCCUGGGCAGCUGUGUGCAUUUAUACAGAUGGUUGGACACCCUCCCAGCAGCUUCCCCAUCGUGUUCUCUGACGCUCAUCGCUGGAUUUUUUGCAUGCUGCCUGCAGUGGGGGUGUCCGAGCUGAGCUACUGCGAGCACACGCCGCCCCCCCCCCCCCAUGCUUGGUCUUCCAGCCUGUUUUGCUUAGAGUAAUUUAAGCCCCAGCCUUUAGCUUCCACAGCUUGAGAGGUCACAACACAAAGGCUUCUGGGGAAAUAUGGUUUAACUGUCCCUUCCCUUGGAUUUGAAUCUCUCUCCAAAGAGGUUUCUGGGAUUUUGCUCUUAAUUUUUUAAGGCUUUCUGUGGAAAGGCAGAAGAAAGUGAGAGCCCUCGCUUUCUUAAUCUUCCUUCAAUUCUGGUAUUAAACGUCAGCGAUAAGCUCUGGAAUUCCCUAGCCUACCCUCAGGGUUUUAUUUGUGUUGUCAUUGUUUCAUUUUGGUCUUGAUCUUAGUACUUGGUCAACUGCUAAGGACCAAGGAUCAUUUCCUUCCUUUUAAUGCUUUGUUACUUGGCAGAGAUAUACGGAGGCAAGAGGAGAAUUGUUCCGCUCUGUUUUAUUUCAGCCUCAGCUUUGCCCAGGUGCUUGGUGCUAUGAGGCCAGGUGUGCUGACAGGUAUCUACACAGGAUGCCAGUGACACCCAAGGGCUGCUGACUGUUCAGUGAAAUGUUUACUUGAUUUUCUCCUUUAGUGUUAAAAUAUAUAGUUGCACUUCACUUGGGGUAACAUUUAAGUGCACCUCAGUAUUCGCAUGAUAAAAAAGCACAGAAAAAGUACCAAGGCCGCAUGCGUGGAGCCUUGCUCUUUGAGGAGGGGCGGGUGCUCACUCCUUGGUGCAUGCAUUUUGAAAUUCUGCGCAGGGAGUUCUGGGAGAUAGGACGAGGAUUAUUUACAGUUCAUCCUUGAUAAACACCCCUGAAUUGGCAGAAUUGCUGCUUUAAGACCCAGUUGCUUAAUAUGUUGUAAAGGAUGUGUGUGUUCUGCUCCUUGACCUCAAGUCAAGCAGGAGACUCAAUGAUGGGACCAACCGGAAAGAGACUUUAGGUCUAUGACUCCUUCUGCUACUGCCAACAAGAAAAAAAAAAAAAAAAAAAAGUGACCCAAUCACAUUUCUUGUUCUCACAAGUUCUGGGGAGUUUUCAGGUCAAACAAGGCUAUAGCAUUCACUCAGGAGAAACUUCAAGAUCGGAGAAAAAGCCACUUGACUGAGCCAAAGAGAGCUUUAGUUUCACAAGAUUUGGGGCCACGUUUAUUCUGAAAUGUAUGCUGAGUUUUCCCACAGUUCCCUAGACCACUUCCCACAUAGCCACACCACCAUGGCUUCCUGGCAGAGGGGACCGUCUACACGUGCUGCGGGAGGAAGAGCACCACCCCUGUACACCCUCUGAGCGUAGGCAUUCAACCUAACUACCAAGAACCUGAAAUUUGGGGGGAGCUAGCUGACUGCGGUUUGCAAAACAGCAGACAACAUCUCCUGUCAGAGUAGAACCGUGUCCAAAGGCUUGAGCUUUGAGCCCUUUAGAGGUACCCCCAUGGUCUCAUGGGUACAGAAGAUAGUCUUAGGACUAGACGGCAAGAUCAAGAUGGACUUAAUGGAAGAGAGUGAACAACUAUUGAGGAUUAAAUUUUAAAUUAAUGGCAGAUCUAAGAGGGUUAUGCCAAAAAUUAUAUAUUUGCUGUAUUAGACUCUAUAGUAAUUAAGUUUAAGUUUCCUCCUCAGCACUGAGUCCAGAACCUUGAAUUCUUAAGAACAGUUAAGCCACAGCCCAAACCCAUGAUUUUAUAUAAACUCAAACAAAAGCACAAGAUCUGAGCCCAGGUAAUGAUAGUUCUUAAGAGUCCUCCUUCUGAUAUGACCUUAUAUUCGCAUCAAACACAUUAUCUUUCUGUUCAAGAAGACAAUGUAAUGGAGCAUUCUGGAAUUUAAUGAUUUUCUGCUUUCACUUUUUUCUGAGUCUUAUGGUAAGAAAGUGCUGCCCACAGUGACGUUAUUAUUACAUACAAGCCAGCUGGGAGGCUGAGUGCCAAACUAAAGGUAGACAAACAGAAGAGAUUAAGAUGGAGAUUCAACUGCUGCUUUUUCUAGGAAGCAAAAGUCCUACACAAAUUUAGGCCAUCUUACAGAAUCUGUUCAUGCUACAGCUGAGGUUUUUGUAAUGGUCUUCAUUGGCUCAUUGCAGAUAUUUACUGUUAGGUUCCAGGGGCAAUAGAACGAGCUAAUGAUCAAGGCACGGCCUUGAGAAACCACCCCGGCCCCCCGCGCCCCGCUCCUUGCAGAGCAGAGAAGCACUUCUGUGCUCAAUCUGCACAGAUUGCUUCUUUCAUCUGGGAUAAAGAUGCUGUCUGCAGUUUUGCAAACCACAGUCAACUAGCUCCCCCCAAAUAUCAGGUCCUUAAUAAUUAGGUUGAAUGCCUGUGCUCAGAGGGUGCACAGGGGUGGUAAUCUCCCUUGUUUGGCACGUGUAGAGAAAUGUUACUUGGGUUCAUUUCUCAAGAGAGUGGCUUAGGAUGACAGACCUUGUCCGUCAGUAGCACCUUUAGUGACCUGUAAGAUGAGAUGAGUGAGACUGAAAGAAAUACCUGAGCUUUCCUAAAUACACACUAAAGUAGUCAUGUUAUGCCAAAAGGGAGUGAAUAGAAGUUGGUAACAUCAAAUGCACAGACUGAAGGAAAGUCUAUUUUGUAUGGCAGAGAAAUGUCUGUCCCCUAACAGACAUAUUCUAAAUCCCCCUAACUUCCCUCUUCCUCAUACUGCCUCCUAGUAUAUUCCACCAGAGCUUUGUCACUCACAGGUGUUGCCUUGGGACACACAGGAGUGAGCUGACUGGGUGAUUAGUGGUUUAGCUGGAAACUUUACCUUUCAUUCCAAACACAGCUCUUUCCUGUUCCGAGAGCGCCACUGUCUCCUUACCCCUGGUUUCCCCAGCUUCCUACAAGAAACAGUGAUGCUAACAGCACUGCCAUCACUGAACUGGUCCUAAACCAGAGGAAUACAAUACAAAAUGCUAUUGACGUUGCUGAAAUAGCACAGUCUUAAGACACUGUAACAAUACGAUAACUCUAUCCUGCAGUGGAUAGUAUUCUGUCUUUACUCCAACAAAACUUGUUCUUAGGACUUUUCAAAUUUGUUUCUAAGCCACAUAGUUCGGAUAAAAUCUCUUCACUGGAAAUUCGAUCUCACAGUCUACUGAGGCUUUCCAUCAAUAAUCUAGAGGCAAUCUCCAUCUCUUUCCCUCUCAUCUCUGUCAUAUAUACCACUGCCUCCUCAUGUCUCCUGGUCAUCCUCGAUCAGCUGAUGAUUACUGUGGAUGCUGGCAAAACUUACAGUAAAAAGCACAUGCAUUCAGCAAUGUGCAGACGCACUCUGACCCCAGCGGCAUUUGCCCCUUACCCUCCUCCAGUGCGUCAUUCUGCACCCCCACUCCCAGCCCAUCACUAGAACUUGACCUGAUUGGAACCAGAACUGGGGCCAGUAUGCUUCAUUCAGAUGGCUGGGGCUUGCUCAUAAACUUUGAGCCCAACAAGAAGCACAGCACUUUGAAAAGUCAAAUAGGCCUUCCGUAGCUUUGUACGUUUGCAGUUUUACACUUGUUAUUGGUUUAGAGCACUAAUAACACUUCAAUCAUAAAUCUAUGGUAUCGAUAUGAUAAAUCUUAGAACAUAUUCUAGAAACAGUGGUACCUUGCUGCUAUUAUACUUACUAAAUUCCUGAUAGUAAUAAGUAUUACAUACAGAUGAUGUAUGGCAUUAUUUGUAUUGUGUAUAUGCCAAAUGUAAUACUUAACCUCACUGACUAGAAAAUACAGAGAUUGUCAUAGUGAAAGUAAGUCUUGGUCAAUUCAGAUGAUAAUGUGAAUCUGAUAGAUGCUCUAUUAUAUAAUAUAUUUUGUCCUCUAUGCUUGUUUUACAUGACAAUGCAUGCUGUUUGCUAAGUAGAAAAUAAUAAUGUUAUACCAAUUUUAAGGUUAGAAAAUCUUGCAUAUAUACUGCUUGACACUCUGAAAUGUAUUUUGUGGCAUAAUUAUCUUAUUCAUAUGCAUUUCACAUGGCUUUUUUCCCUCCUAGGAAAUAAUUGUUCAAAUACAUCUCUCUCGUCUUUCUCGUAACCUGGAUCAAACUGUUUAAUUCAACCUAAAACAUUGUAAAGCCAGAUUACCUCAUUUUAACUGUGAAAAAAAGUUUAAUAGGUAUGAUGACAUGAUGUUUUUUCUUGUAUUUUAUUUGAACUACCUAAAUAGGCUUAAACCUCAGAAUAAAUAUAACUCUGGCAGGCA